AUGGGACAGACUGUCACCACCCCCUUGAGCCUCACGCUUGACCACUGGUCAGACGUGAAGGCACGAGCUAACAACGAAGGAGUUGUAGUCAAAAAGAAUAAAUGGGUCACCCUUUGCGAGGCCGAAUGGGUCAUGAUGGAUGAUCCCCCUAAGACCCCUGUCCUUCCCCCGGACCCCAAUACACCUCUUAUUGACCUCCUGACAGAGGACCCACCGCCAUACCCGGGGAAUCGAGGGCCAGAGGGACCGGCGGCCCCCGAACAUCCUCUACAGAGAGAGCAGGAGGAUGAGGCUCCGGCUCCCUCCCCAAUUGAGGAUGAGGCUCCGGCUCCCUCCCCAAUUGCGGAUGAGGCUCCGGCUCCCUCCCCAAUUGCCAGUCGCCUCUGAGGAAGGCGCGACAAACCAGCCAAAGAAUCCAGGGCCUUCCCUCUCCGGGAGGGCCCCAAACACCAGCUCCAAUACUGGCCAUUUUCGGCCUCUGAUCUUUACAACUGGAAGCAACAUAAUCCUCCUUUCUCUAAGGACCCUGUUGCCUUGACUAACCUGAUUGAGUCCAUUUUAAUGACCCACCAGCCUACGUGGGACGAUUGUCAGCAGUUAUUGCAGACCCUCCUGACAGUGGAGGAGAAGCAGCGAGUCUUCUUGGAGGCUCGGAAGCAGGUUCCUGGAGAUGAUGGAAGACCCACCCAAUUGCCUAAUAUCAUUGAUGCAGCCUUUCCUCUCACCUGCCCGAACUGGGACUUCAUGACCCCAGAAGAUAGGGAGCACCUACGUCUCUAUCGCCAGUUGCUCUUAGCGGGUCUCCGGGGGGCUGCUAGACGCCCUACCAAUUUGUCUCAGGUUAGAAAUGUGAUCCAGGGAAAGGAUGAGACGCCGGCAGCAUUCUUGGAAAGACUCAAAGAGGCCUAUAGGAUGUAUACCCCGUACGAUCCAGAAGACCCAGGACAGGCGCCGGGCGUCAUCUUGUCUUUCAUCUAUCAGUCAAGUCCAGAUAUAAGGGCCAAAUUACAGAGACUAGAGGGAUUGCAUUUGUUCAGUUUGUCAGACUUAUUGAGAGAGGCAGAGAAAGUGUUUAAUAAGAGAGAAACUCCCGAAGAGCGGGAGGAGAGGAUGUGGCAGAAACAGGAAGAAAGGGAUAAGAAACAUCACAGAGAAAUAAGUAAAGUCCUGGCCGCUGUAAUAUCUCAGGGACAGGGUAGAGAGGGAGUUAGGAUGGGAGAUCAAAGAAGGAUACCGCUUGACAAAGACCAGUGUGCUUACUGCAAAGAGAGAGGACAUUGGGCUCGUGAUUGCCCAAGGAAACCUCAAGGGUCUCGGAGAACUAAGCCAAGGGCCACGGACCUCCUCAAUCUGGAGGAUUAGGGAAGUCAAGGCCAGGAGCCCCCUGAGCCUAGGAUAACUCUCAAGAUCGGGGGGCAGCCAGUAACCUUCUUAGUGGACACCGGGGCUCAACAUUCAGUCCUGACUCAUACCGGAGGCUCUCUCAGUGACCGCACAGCUUUGGUCCAGGGGGCCACGGGUAGCAGAAGGUAUUGAUGGACCACCGAGAGAAAGGUUCAGCUGGCAUCUGGACAGGUAACCCACUCUUUUUUGCAUAUACCUGAUUGCCCUCACCCAUUAUUGGGCCGAGACCUGUUGACUAAGCUCAAGGCUCAGAUCUAUUUUGAUGACAAGGGGUCGACCAUUACGGGACCGAAAGCGACCCCCCUACAAGUCCUAGCCCUAAAAUUGGAAGAAGAAUACCGCCUGUUUGAAUCCGAGCCCCCUAAGGGGCCACCACAAGAGAUGCAGGACUGGUUGAGAGAAUUUCCCUCGGCAUGGGCCGAGACUGGCGGCUUGGGGCUGGCUCAUGACCAACCCCCACUUGUUAUUCAGUUAAAAGCCUCCGCCACUCUCAUUUCAAUCAAACAGUAUCCCAUGUCCCGGGAAGCCCACGAGGGCAUUAAACCACACAUCCGGAGGCUCUUGGACCAGGGGGUACUUAUGCCCUGUCAAUCCCCUUGGAAUACCCCCCUCCUGCCUGUAAAAAAGCCUGGGACAGGGGAUUACAGACCGGUUCAAGACUUGAGGGAGGUUAAUAAACGAGUUGAAGAUAUACACCCCACGGUGCCAAACCCUUACAACCUCCUCAGCACUCUUCCACCAACCCACAUUUGGGGUUUAAGAACAGCCCGAAACUUUGAUGAAGCCCUACACUCAGACCUGGCCAAGUUCCGGGUCGAACAUCCAGCUUUAAUCUUGCUUCAAUAUGUGGAUGACCUCCUCCUAGCGGCCAGAACCCAGGCUGAAUGUUUAAGAGGCACUCGGGCCCUUUUGGCUAAACUGGGACAGAAGGGCUCUCGGGCUUCGGCCAAGAAGGCCCAGAUUUGCCAAAGCAGAGUCAUUUACCUGGGUUACACCCUGGAUGGAGGACAGAGAUGGCUCACGGAAGCAAGGAAGGAGGCCAUAAUCUCCAUACCCCCUCCAAGGAACCCCCGCCAGGUGCGGGAGUUCCUAGGUACAGCCGGCUACUGCCGCCUCUGGAUCCCGGGUUUUGCUGAGAUGGCUGCCCCUCUGUAUCCUCUCACCAAGCCCGGGGUCCUGUUCCACUGGGGAGAGGAACAACAACAGGCCUUUCAACGAAUUAAGAGAACUUUACUCGAGUCACCAGCCCUUGGUCUACCAGAUCUGACUAAGCUCUUUGAACUGUUUGUGGAUGAGAACUCAGGCUUUGCAAAAGGGGUGCUGGUACAGAGACUGGGGCCAUGGAAGAGACCUGUAGCCUAUCUAUCCAAGAAAUUAGACCCGGUAGCUGCAGGUUGGCCCCCUUGUCUGCGCAUGGUAGCCGCCAUUGCUGUCUUGCUCAAGGACGCAGGGAAACUGACUUUGGGACAGACAUUAACUGUGUUAUCCUCCCAUGCAGUAGAAGCUCUGGUCCGGCAGCCCCCAGAUAAAUGGCUCUCAAAUUCCAGGAUGACCCACUACCAGGCUCUAUUGUUAGACACAGACCGAGUGACAUUCGGGCCAGUUGUCUCCCUCAACCCCGCAACCCUGAUGCCCUUGCCAGACCCAUCCAAGGAGCACAACUGCCUCCAGAUUCUGGCGGAGGCCCAUGGCACCCGCUCCGACCUAACAGAUCAACCGCUGUCGAACCCAGAUUUCAUCUGGUUCACGGAUGGGAGCAGCUUCCUCCAAGAAGGAGAACAGAGAGCUGGAGCAGCCGUCACCACCGAAUCAGAGGUAAUUUGGGCCUCGCCGCUGCCGCCCGGAACAUCAGCCCAAAAGGCAGAGCUGGUUGCGCUGACCCAGGCCCUCCGGAUGGCGGAAGGUAAGAGACUCACGGUCUAUACUGAUAGCAGAUAUGCCUUCGCCACCGCCCAUGUUCAUGGGGAAAUCUACAGAAGGAGAGGCCUCCUGACCUCGGAGGGCAAGGAAAUUAAAAACAAAAAAGAAAUUUUAGACCUCUUAAGGGCAUUGUUCCUCCCACACCAGCUCAGCAUUAUACAUUGUCCCAGGCACCAAAAGGGUGACUCUGUCAUAGCUCGGGGAAAUCGGCUGGCCGAUCUGACGGCCUGGACAGUCGCCUUACAAACCCUCAGGGGCGGCCAGCUGUUGGUCUUGCAGGACCAACAGCCAAGCAGGGACCCCAUGCCCUACAGCCCGGAGGACCAGGAACUAGCAAAGAAAAUGGGGGCGGAAUGGAGCCCCGAGCGACAAGCUUACAUCAUGGAUGGCAAAUUAGUUAUGCCAACAUCCCACACCAAAUACUUGGUCAAGUUCCUUCACGCACUAACCCAUUUAAGCAAAAACAAGAUGAAAGCCCUUCUGGCUGAUAAGGCUUCGGACACUGUAUUACUGAAUCAAGAACAGGUCCUCCAACAGGUGACUUCCAGCUGCCCUGCUUGUGCUCAAGUUAAUCCAGGAAAAGCCCGUCUGAGCGGAGGGAGCCGUCUGCGAGGCCACCGCCCUGGAAUCCAUUGGGAAAUUGACUUCACUGAGGUAAAACCCGGACUGUAUGGAUACAGAUACCUUCUGGUUUUUGUAGACACCUUUUCAGGAUGGACAGAGGCCUUCCCUACCAAGAAGGAGACCGCUAACGUGGUAACCAAGAAACUCCUGGAUGACAUCUUUCCCAGCCCUACCCUGGAGGCGCACCUCCAAGCCCUCCAACUGGUACAGAAGACGGUGUGGAAACCCCUGGCCGAUGCCUACCGGGAGCAACUGAACCGCCCGGUGGUGCCUCACCCAUUCAAGAUUGGGGACUCUGUCUGGGUUCGACGCCAUCAACCCAAGAACCUAGAGCCGAGAUGGAAAGGACCGUACAUCGUCUUGUUAACAACUCCCACCGCACUCAAGGUUGACGGGAUAGCGGCUUGGGUCCACGCAUCGCAUGUGAAGGCCGCCAAAGAACCCGACGAAGCGGAGAACGCCGAGACGUCUACAUGGAAGGUUCAACACUUUCCAAACCCACUAAAGAUAAGACUUAUCAGAGGGGAGGGACCCUAA